UUGAACAAUAGAGUUUUACGAGAUAAUAACUGUUUUCCUUGAGAAAAACAUAAAAUAGUGAYUCAUUUUAAUCGUUUUUAAUCUUUGACGUCCUUCUUAGUAGUUUUAUGAACACAGAAGAAAAAAAUGGCGCUUUUAUCGCGUGAUCAUCGUUCAUUUCGUGAGUUGUAUUUACCAAAAUGAAGUCAUAAAGAGACUUUCAAUCUUCUUUCCAUCCAGAUGGUUUUUAUGAUGCAGUAGCUACCGAUUCAACAAACAUGCAAAGCUCUGAAGGUGUUAGGAAUCUUCUUCAAGAUACACACUUGUUGGAUCGUUCAAGGCCGUCCAGUUCGUUUGGUUUGAGAAGCAAACCUACCAGACCUAUUCGUCCAAUCUCAGCUCCUCCAACUCAGCCCCUCUGGAGAAAUCCUAAUUCACCAGACACGAAAAAACGAAGGAAGUUCCAUGUCAGUCUGUACCAUUCACCACUUGAGAGUGCCGUAAGCAGACGAGCACCAUAUGCAUCAAGAACAAAGAUUACAAGUGGAUCAACAACAUUACCGGGAAGAGAGUUUUCACCUGCAGUUUAUAAUUCACUGAGUGAUCCUUAUCUGAAUGGAUACUUUACAAGGAAGUUUGGCAGUGGAGAUACUAUUGAACUAAAUAGAUCUUCGAAUAGACGAAAGACAAAACACAAUGCAAGUGGUCAACUUAAAAAACAAGGAGCCAAUGUCUUGUAUAAAGUUAUUGUGAAGACUGGAGAUAAGAAACACUGUGGUACAGAUGCAAAGGUAUUUUGUGAAUUCUGUGGUGUGUAUGGCAAGUUUAGAAGACAAUUGACCCACCAAGUAGAGGCUGGUGUACCAGCAGCGUUUGUAGCUACUCUUCCUCCAUUUGCCUUCACUGCAGGCCACAAGGAUGUUUUUAACAUCAAGGGGCCAGAUGUUGGUGAAUUUAGGCAAAUAGUAAUUGAGCAUGAUGGAAAAGAACGGAGACAUAGUUGGUUCUUAGGUGAAGUUACUAUCUCUAACAACAAAACGGGACAAAAGACGCUGUUUCCUUGUCAUCAGUGGCUGUCAUUGUAUGAACAUGACUGUCAAGUCAGCAGGAAACUGAAACCAGUUGUACAUAAAAAGGCUGAAAGAACUGUUUAUGUGGUGGAAGUGGAAACUGGUGACAAACCCGGUGCAGGAACUGAUGCACAUGUGUUUAUUACUUUAUUUGGUAAAAAUGGAAAAACUCCAAAAACACAGCUGAUCAAUAGGAAUGAAGAUACAUUUGAAAGAAGAAAAAAGGAUGUUUUUAAGAUCAAGAUAACAGAGUUAGGAACUUUAAAGAAGUUGACGGUUGAACAUGACAACUUUGGAUUCUCUGCAGGAUGGUUUUUAAACAAGAUCACAGUUUAUGAUCGCGAGAACCCUGACAAGAAGUAUUACUUUCCAUGUUAUCAAUGGCUGUCAAAGGAUGAAGGCGAUGGCAGAAUCGCACGUGAUUUAACAGCAACGACUGAUUCUACAUCCAGUCCAGAAGGAUUCACAUACCUGGUUCAUACCUACACUGGUGACCGUCGAGGGGCUGGUACCGAUGCAAAUGUAUCUAUUACUAUAUUUGGAGAAGAAGGAGAUUCUGGGGAACACAAGCUAGACAAUGCAAGAAACAACUUUGAACGAGCAAAGAAAGAUACGUUCAAAAUACAAUGCGGUGCAUACCUUGGUGCUCUAAGUAAAGUUCGUAUUGGUCAUGAUAAUAGUGGGUUAGGACCUGGCUGGUUCCUGGAAAAGCUAACCAUAGAAGAUUCAAAAACGGGCCAGAUGUACGACUUCAUCUGUCGGAGAUGGUUUUCGAGAACAGAGGAUGAUGGGAAGAUUUCUCGAGAACUUUUACAUGGAAGUCCAGAAGACAUGGCCAUGGAUACUGGUAUUCCAUAUGAGAUAUCUGUARCUACUGGUGACAAGCGAAACGCUUCAACUGAUGCACGUGUGUAUGUAAUAAUGCACGGUGGAGAAGACGGGUCAGAAAACAGUGGAAAAAUAUGGUUAGACAACGGCAAGAAAGAUAACUUUAAGCGUGGACGGACAGACAAUUUUCACUUGGAGACUUCAGCCAUGUUAAGUCCACUUCAUCACUUAACAAUUGGUCACGAUAAUUCUGGACUAGGUGCUGGCUUCUACUGUGAAAAGGUUGUCGUCGACUGCCCCAGUAGUGGUCAUCAACAAGUUUUCCUGUGUCAAAAAUGGUUGGCGGAUGAUGAAGAUGAUGGGUUAAUAGAACGAGAUCUUUAUGAAAGUGAGGACAUGAGAAUCAAGAGAAGUCGAAAACACGUCUGGAAUGUCUGGGUUUGGACGAGUGAUGUUCGUGGGGCGGGGACAGAUGCAAAUGUCUACACURCCAUAUAUGGCAACAAAGGCAAAAGUGACGAGAUUCGAUUGGGUAACCGCACUGACAACUUUGAAGAAGGACAACUAGAUAAGUUUAAAGUUGAGCUGCCUGACAUUGGUAUACCAUAUAAACUAAGAAUACGUCAUGAUGACUCCAAUGCAUUUCCUGGCUGGCACCUGGAAAAGAUUCAAAUCCAAGAGGCUAAAAGCGGAGCUAAAUAUUCAUUCAAGUGUAAUCGAUGGCUGGCAAAAGAUGAAGAUGACAAUCAAAUCAUACGAGAACUACCAGCUAUUGGGAGUGAUACAGAAACUUUACCAGUGCUGAAGUAUCGUGUAUUCGUUCAUACGGGUGAUAAACGAGGUGCUGGUACAGAUGCUAAUGUAUUCAUCAAUAUAUUUGGUGAAAUGGGCGACACAGGCGAAAGACUACUUGAGAAAUCCAUCGACAAUACGAACAAGUUUGAAAGAAAUCAGACUGACGAGUUUGAGAUUGAAGCAGUGUGCCUGAAAGAUUUAAAGAAGGUCCGCAUUGGCCAUGACGGUAAAGGGGCAGGAUCAGCGUGGUACUUAAACAAGGUAGUCAUAAAAGACCCUGAAGAUAAUACCAAGGUGUUUCAAUUUCCUUGUGAAAGAUGGCUCGCAAAAGACGAAGAUGAUGGUCAGACAACUAGAGAACUGCUUUGUGGCGAAGCUAGUCUGUUAAACACUACGUCAUAUUUCAUAUCCGUUCGUACGGGAGAUGUGAUUGGUGCAGGCACCGAUGCUAAUGUCUACGUGCUCAUCAAGGGAGAUGAAGGCGACACUGGAAUAUUGAAGCUACGGCGAGCAAAUAACACGAAAAACAAGUUUGAAAGAGGAAGGACCGAUCAGUUUACUUUGGAAGCUGUAGAUAUUGGCAAGGUAGAGUCUUUGCGAAUAGGUCAUGAUAACAAAGGUGGUGGAGCAGCAUGGUUCUUAGAGGAUGUCACUAUAGAUGUGCCAUCACGUGGUGAACGAGCUGUUUUUCCUUGUCACCGAUGGCUGGCGCUUAAGGAAGACGAUGGCAAACUUGAAAGAGAACUCUAUCCUCAGUUCCAAGAUAUUAGCUCAAAGAUCCCGUAUGAAGUGGUCGUGUAUACGGGUGAUGUUCGAGGUGCGGGAACCAAUGCUAAUGUGGCUUUGGUUUUGUAUGGUGAGAACGGAAAAUCUGAAGAAUUCAGUUUACGAAACAAGUCAGACAACUUCGAGAGAGGUCGCAUAGAUAAAUUCAAGGUUGAAAGUGACGACAUUGGUCCCCUGACCAAGAUAAGAAUAGGACACGACAAUACCAAAAUGGGCUCUGCUUGGUUUCUUGACAAGGUCGAAAUACGAAGGCUGAAGAAUGAAGACGAAUCCAAACAAAGAUCUAAUAGAGAUAAGGAUCAAAGUCAGUAUGAUUACUUGUUUGUGUGCAAUCGCUGGCUGGCAAAAGAUGAAGAUGAUGGGCAGACGGUACGAGAACUUGUACCAAUGGACGACACUGGAACCAAACCACGCAGCAGCUCACUGGCUGAAAACGGCUAUCGUAUUCAUGUGCACACUGGUGAUGUACUUAACGCGGGAACCAACUCCAACGUCUUUAUCACUCUGUAUGGUGAACUUGGUGAUUCAGGGGAGAGAAAACUAGAUAAAUCAGAGACGCACUUGGACAAGUUUGAAAGAAACAAUGAGGACAUCUUUACACUAGUUUGUGUCAAUCUUGGUCCAUUAACAAAAGCUAAAGUACGAACAGACAACAGUGGUCUAAAACCAGCAUGGAACCUCGACCGAAUAGAAGUUGAUGACAAACUAGCAGAUAAAACCACUGCAUUCCCGUGUGGUAGAUGGCUGGCAACAAGUGAAGAUGAUGGCCAGAUAUGUAGAGAACUGGUAGCAGUUGAUAAUGAAAGCUUUCGCCUUGAACGACAGCGAUCAAUGAAACGUAAAUCAGGAUUGGGAAGAAAGACAAGUCAGGUUUCUCUAGUUGAUGGCGUUGAGCUCGAAAACAAAGCACGCAUUAAUACCUACAAGGUAACCGUGGAAACGGGUGACAUUCAAGGUGCAGGAACUGAUGCUAAUGUGUAUAUAGUCAUGUAUGGUGAAGAUGGUGAUACAGGCAAAAUUCCUUUGAAAACCUCGCAGACCAAUAAGAACAAGUUUGAAAGAAACCAAAGUGAUGUUUUUCAAAUAGACGCUAAAAUAGGGGAAGUCAAGAAAAUAAGGAUUGGUCAUGACAAUAAAGGAGGAUUCGCUGGAUGGUUCCUGGAUAAGGUUACGAUUGAUGUUCCAUCGCUUGGUCAGAACGUCGUGUUUCCUUGUGGACGAUGGUUGGACAAAGACAAGGAUGACGGGCAGAUAGAAAGAGAAUUGAGCAUCGCUGGAUCUACGGCUCAGAUAUACAGACCACAUGUUCCCUACGAGAUCACCGUGUACACCAGUGAUAUAACAGGCGCAGGCACAAGUGCUAAUGUCUUCAUAGUUCUAUACGGUAUCGAGUGCUCCACCAAGGAAGUUGUUCUUGCAGACACGAGCAAGAAAAAGAAAGGCACUUUUAACAAAGGAUCCGUCGAUCAAUUUGUUAAGGAGCUUGAAGAUGUUGGUACUGUAAUUGAGAAAAUUCGCAUCGGUCAUGACAAUAAAGGUUUUACUCCAGGAUGGCACCUUGAUAAAGUACAAAUACGACGACUCUGCGAUGAUGAUGGUAGCUCUACUACACAUACGUUCCCCUGCAAUCGCUGGCUCGCCAAAGAUGAGGAUGAUGGUAGUCUAGUUCGUGAGUUGGUGCCGGAGAAAGUCAUAGAAGAGACUGUACGUGAAGAUGGUCAAACAGAAACAAAGGAGUUAGAUCAGUACACGCUUGACGUUCGAAAGUACGAGAUCCAUGUCUUUACUGGUGACAUCAAGAGUGCUGGAACAGAUGCUAAUGUAUUCAUAACCAUAUUUGGCGAAUACGGAGACACAGGAGAGAGGCAACUAAGCAAAUCAUCAACGCAUACUGAUAAGUUUGAAAGAGGGCACGAAGAUAUUUUUGUAAUCGAAGCAGCAGAGUUAGGAAACAUACACAAGAUACGAUUACGUCAUGAUAAUGCCAAUAUCAACGCGUCGUGGUUCGUGGAUCGCGUCGAGAUAAGAGACAUAGAGACAGAUAAACUUUAUCCCUUCAUUAUCGAGAGAUGGCUGUCUAAAAAGAAAGAAGAUCAAAAGAUUGAACGCACGUUUUACCUAAAGGGUUACGAGGGUGACCGGUCAACUCUUGGUGCUACGAGUCUACGGUCUCUAGGUAGAGAUAGCCCUCGUUCGUUAAGCCCACGAUCCUCUCCUCGCAGUAGCCCUCGAAGCUCUAGACUUUCGUUUCGUCAAAGCAACGAAGAUCUUGUUAAAGCCGUUAGAAGUGCUACAGCUGAUGCGGCGUUUGCUCAAGAAUAUGGAAAAACGGAGGAGGAAGCUGCUUCGUCGAGAUCACAGAUCCCUUUCACAAUACGAGUAACCACUGGUGACGAGGCCGAUGCAGGAACAGACGCUAAAGCAUACGUAGUGUUGAUUGGAAACGAAGGUGCAUCGGAUAAGAUUUCCCUCGAGCUGGUUCAAGAAUCCAAGUUUAGCCCUGGUAUAACCGAGACUUUCACUGUAGAAGCAACUGACGUUGGCAAGAUUAGCAAGAUUGAAAUAGGUCAUGAUGGUUAUGGUCCAUCAUCUGGAUGGUAUGUUAAAUACAUUGAAGUUGACGUACCUACCAUGGGGGCUAAGUACUUCUUCCCAUGUAACCGCUGGCUGUCACGUGACAAGGAUGAUGGUAAAACUGCCCGGAUGUUAUCAGCAAGCAGCGAUAAGUUAAUAACAUAUAAACCACAUGUACGAUAUGAAAUGACCGUGUACACAGGAGAUAUCACAUCUGCCGGCACUGAUUCCAACAUUUUCUAUAAUCUCUUCGGUAUCGAGGGAACAACGCCUGAAAUGAAGCUGGAGAAAGAAGAAAGUCGUUUUGAACGCGCAAGCGUGGACAACAUCCCAGUUGAAGUAGAAGACGUGGGGAAACUGGUUAAGAUGAGGAUCCGCAUUGACGGUACUGGUAACAGACCAAGCUGGUUCUUAGAAAAGAUUCUUUUGAGGAAUUCCGAUACAAAUGUCGUGGAUACGUUCGUUUGUAAUCAAUGGCUGUCGAAGGAAGAAGGCAAACUGGAGACAGAAAUACUAUGCGAAGAGGCGACAAAAACUUUAAAGAAAACAACUUACACAAUUAACGUAAAAACAGGCGAUGUGAGUGGUGCUGGCACUGAUGCGAAUGUUUUUAUCAUUCUCUUCGGAGAAAAUGGUGACUGUGGAGAGCAGCCCUUGAAACACUCCGAGACACACAAGGAUAAGUUUGAGAGAAAUCACACAGAUGUCUUUAAACUGAAGAAUGUGUAUUCGUUAGGUCAGUUAACUAAGGUUCGCAUUUGGCACGACAACAAGUUUCUCGGGGCCAGCUGGUUUUUGGAGACAGUUGAAGUGGUGGAUGAAACAACAAACAACACUUAUCAGUUUCCAUGCAAUAAAUGGCUGUCUAAAGAUAAAGAUGACAAGAGUCUAGUACGAGAAAUACCUUGCUCAAGUACAACAACAAACGACAACCACUCAACAACUUAUGAAGUAACCGUGAUUACAGGCGAUAAACAAUACGCAGGAACAACACAGAACGCAUGGCUGGUUCUUGAAGGAAAAAACGGCUCGUCACAAGAAUUCCUCAUCGAAAAUAGCGCAAGUACGAAACUCCUACGGAAAGGACAAACAGACUACUUCAAGUUCAAAUCUAAGCCACUGGGGCCGUUGAACCUUGUUACAGUGGGCCACAUAAGAAAAAGAGGAGGUGAUGCUAAAGUAACUGGAAAAGAAUCAAGGUGGUUCCUUCACGAGAUUAUUGUUCAAAACGAACAAACAGGAAAGUUCGUGUUUCCCUGUCGCCAAUGGCUUCCAUUGAAGGAUAACAGAAAAAAUGCUCUGCGUCUGGAGUGCAAAGAAAGCGAAAAACCUCGCAUUGAUGCAUUAAGAGAUCUUCAGCCAGUACAGUACUCCAUAGAUGUGCACACAGCUGAUGUACCGGGUGCUGGAACCGACGCAAAUGUUCACGUCACUAUAUACGGAUCCAAUGGCGACACAGGACGAAGACCUCUGACCAAAAAGUUUGUUAACUUAUUUGAACGAGGGAAAACAGACAACUUUCAAAUGGAGGCAUUAGAUCUGGGACAACUGACGCGCCUGCGUAUUGAACAUGACAAUAAAGGAUUGAAAGCUGGUUGGAUGUUAUCAAAAAUAGACGUUACGAAUCUCGCAAGUCAAGAGUGUGUGUCCUUUUCUUGUAACCAAUGGCUUGAUAAAAAGAAAGGAGAUGGAAAGAUUUGUAGGGAUCUUUUCCCAGUAGCAACAUAAAAUGUCCUUUACCUCGCAUUUGAUCAUAAGUCAUCAAGUUUACGCGUUAUAAAGAAUUAGAUUGUAAUUAAAUCAACAACUCUAAAAUCGCAAACCGUUUUGAGUUUGGAUAAGGGAAACUUUAUUUAUGGAUAUUUUAAGAAUGAUCUUUUUACCGCGAAAUUUUUGUGGAAAAUGGUAAUAUAAAGAAUUGAAAUAAAUAUAUUUAUUUACAGAACAAACGGUAGACAAACCUACGUAAAGAAAGACCGCACAAGUUUAAACCACUCAUUUCAAUACAUUGUUUAUUAUGAAGGUCCCCAUGGAUUGAGGGCAGGUUCAAUCGAGUCUGAAACAAAAAAUGUUUCGUUAUAAAUUGUUAUAAAUAUACUCGUAUUCUGAUUGGCUAUGGGAAUUUGUUUUGUGAUAGCACACAUCACGCGCGCAAUAACGGCUUCUCUAAUUUGUAAUACAUUAAAAGAAAUAAAAAAACUCAAUCGCU